AUGACCGUCGAAGCGCUGUUAGAUACCGGCUCCGAGAUCUCCUUCCUCGACGAGACAACCGCCCGCGCCGCGGAGAAACUGGGAUAUCGCGUUAACCCUGAGGAAGGCAAGGUACAACUUGCCGACGGCCAGAUCAUUCCCCUGCCGGGAAGCAUAGACCUGCCCGUGGAGAUCGCGGAUCACACUGUACGGCACGCCUUCCGCAUUAUGCCGACCCUCACGAAUAGCGCCUUGAUUGGCAUCGACCUUAAUCACGCAAGCCAAAUCACAAUGACAGAAGAUCUAAACAGUUUGAAAAAACGCCGUGGUUCAGUUAAGUCUUCACUAACGAGAUUCAAGAAUUUCUUGGAUAAUUACAAUGCAAAUACCGACGUAAAGGUUCUCAAAGUGCGUUUAGAAAGAGCAAAAACUCUGUUAACAGAUUUUGAAAAGAUUCAUUUAGAAAUAGAAAUAGGGGAAGACACAGAUGACCAAGCAUCAAAACAGGUAUUUGAAGAACAUUAUUUUGAAUAUGUUGCCAGAGCUCAAUCAUUACUAGAGCAUCAUCUAAGAAAUUCAAUUCCGAACAAUGUAAACGAUUCAAUUGCGCAUAGCACAUCAGAUAUAACAAUGAAUUCUGCACGGGUCGAAUCAAGCAUUAAAUUACCAUCCAUCACUUUACCAAAGUUCGAUGGAAAAUAUGAAGAUUGGCUUAGUUUUGAAGAUAACUUUAGGGCAUUAGUGCAUAACAAUUUGAAAAUUCAGCCAAAUCAUGUUAGAGCGUUAUUCGAAUUGUCUGCUGUUACAAAGAAAGCUAUGUCAAAUUUAAACUCUUUGAUUGAUACCCCACAAAAACACAUUCAGUCUUUAAGGGCGUUAGGGCAGCCAACAUAUCAAUGGAAUGGAUUGCUUCUACACUUAAUCACAUCUAAAUUGGAUAAAAUCACACAUCGGGAAUGGGAAAAUUUUUUGGAUGGCACGGAGUUGCCAAAUAUCGAUGACUUAUGGAAAUUUUUACAUAACAAGUGUCAUGUGUUGCAGGCAGUCGCAGGCGAAACGUCCAAUAGUAGCAAGGCAACCAAUAAAGCUCAUCAAGUUUUAUUAGAAGCACAAUCGAAAUCAAAGUGUCAUGUCUGUAGCAAAAAUCAUAGUAUUAUAUUUUGUGAUAGCUUUAAACAAUUAGAUCACAGCAAAAAGUUAGAAGCAGUCAAGAAGGCUGGUCUUUGUUUCAAUUGUCUCAGGUCCAAUCAUCAAGUCAGUUCUUGCAACGCUGGCAAUUGUAAGAAAUGCGAGAAAAGACACAACACUUUAUUGCAUCCUUCAAGGACACAGACUACUGACAUGAACACAAAGGAUAAUGUGAAUCACAAUUCAUCAGAGCAAGUAAUGCAACGAUCACACGCAACAACUUCGCAAGUUUUGAGUUCUAGAUUCAAGAGUUCCUCUCAAGUCAUUCUGUCUACAGCAAUGAUAGAUAUUGAAGAUGCGGAAGGAUAUUUUCAUACUUGCAGAGCUGUUUUAGACACAGGAUCACAAUCGAACUUCAUUUCAAGUCAAUUGUGUGAUAGGUUGAAUCUUCCAAAGAGAUCUAUCAGUCUUCCAAUUCAAGGCAUAGGCAAUUCACUCUCACACAUUAAACAUUCAACUAACACUAUCAUAAGAUCAAGAAGCAAUGCAUUCUUUCUUGAUCUGCAGCUAUUAGUCAUUUCAAACAUAACCGCAUGGUUGCCGUCACAACCAAUUGAUCAUUCUAAGCUUGGAAUUCCAGACAAUGUACAGCUUGCCAACCCUGAAUUUUACAAGCCUGCAUCGGUAGAUAUAUUAAUUGGAGCGGAAUAUUUUUAUCAUUUAUUGUGCGUAAGUCAAGUCAAGUUAAAAUCUCAAGCAAUGAUUAUACAGAACACUCAAUUAGGUAAUUUUGAAGAUAAUUUAGUACAACGUUUUUGGGAAACUGAAGAGCUUCCAGCGAAAAGGUUACUAUCACCUGAAGAAGAGCAAUGUGAAGCACAGUUCAUGAGCACAUUCAAGAGAGAUGAAAACGAUCGCAAUUCUGUGGGACUUCCUUUCAACUCAAAGAAGAAUGCACUAGGUGAUCCUUUCAACAACGCAAAACGGAGAUUCCACACUUUGGAGAGAAAACUCGUCGCGGAUCACGAUUUGUAUGAGGCCUAUCAUGAGUUUCUCCAAGAUUAUGAGUCGCUGAAUCACAUGUCCGAGGUGAGUCAAGCGGAUAACGAUGGCUACAACUAUAUUCCACACCACGCAGUUCUAAAAGAAAGCAGUCUCACGACAAAAUUACGGGUGAUCUUUGAUGCGUUAGCGAAAACAACUACAGGUCUGUCAUUGAAUGAUGCAUUGUUGACGGAUGUCUAUCAAGCUAGAAUCCCAACAUGGGCAUAA